GCUGCGGAUACCUUGGCUGUGCGACAAAAGCGACGGAUCUACGAUAUCACGAAUGUCCUGGAAGGCAUCGGGUUGAUCGAGAAGAAAUCCAAAAACAGUAUCCAGUGGAAAGGGGUGGGUCCUGGCUGCAACACGCGUGAAAUAGCUCACAAACUUAUUGAGCUGAAGGCAGACAUAGAGGACCUGGAGCAGCGGGAACAGGAGCUGGAGCAGCAGAAGAUGUGGGUUCAGCCGAGCAUCAAAAACGUUACAGAAGAUGUGCAGAACAGUCGAUUAGCGUAUGUGACACAUGAAGAUAUCUGCAAGUGCUUCACAGGGGACACCCUACUUGUGAUUCGAGCCCCUUCAGGCACGCGUUUGGAGGUUCCCAUCCCUGAGGGCCUAAAUGGGCAGAAAUAUCAGAUCCAUCUGAAGAGCACAAGUGGUCCCGUCGAUGUUCUCUUAGUAAACAAAGACGCUUGGAGCUCUCCUCCUGUCAUACUACCUGUCCCUCCCCCUGAAGACCUCAUUCAGUGCCAGGCAGUUGCACCGUCGAAACCGCAGAUACCACCGCUUGCCCACUUCCAGGAGGCAUCUGUUCCUAGCAGCACCCAGCCCUCCACACCAACACCUACCAGCACUCAGGAUCACAGCCCUCCCAUGCAGCAAGCCGCAAGCACAGAAUGCAGUGUCUCAGCAGCAGAGUCCAAGAGCAGCAGUGACUUUGACCCCCUCAGUAACACGUCCGCAUCGGCUGGCCAGCCAGCCAGCUUAGACACCCAGCCGCUACAGUCCUCUGCCUCGCUGGACAGCAGCUCCGUCCUGCCCAGCCCCUCUACCUCCUUUGAGCCGAUCAAGCCCAACCCCACAGAAAUACUGGAACUUCCCAAAGAGCUGUCAGAGAUGUUUGAUCCAACGAGAGAAUGCAUGAACUCUGAGCUGCUGGAAGAGCUGAUGUCAUCUGAAGUGUUUGCUCCCUUGCUCCGCCUCUCCCCUCCGCCUGGAGAUCACGACUACAUCUAUAACCUGGAUGAGAGUGAAGGCGUCUGUGACCUCUUUGACGUGCCUGUUCUCAACCUCUGACUUCUCA